GAUAUCAGUUUCUCCGUUAGUUUUGUCAUACGACGGCGAUACUGAUUUCGAGCUGUGCACUAUGUUGAUAAAAACUGGAAUGAGUUUCUCAUUUUUACGAAUCCAAUUUGCCAGGUCUGAUCUCCCAAGUGCAUUCAGAUGCAGGAUCAUCACAACACGAGCUCCUGGUUCGUUUUUAUCUACGAAACGUUGGAGUGAAAAUGUGAGGCGCAUAUUUUCGAAGACUAUGAUCGAAACUCACCAGGAAACUGACGGUUCCAAGUUUUCAAUUCAUCGAGACAAGCUCGUUUCAAAUCCCAUUUUCUCACAGCAUUUUCCCUGAUUACUUUGCUACGAUGAUUUUUCCCCGGAGUCGCUGAAUAGAUUGCCUCUAGUAACCGCAUGCACUCUAUGGGGUUUAAUUUUCCCGAGAUAUGCUUCAACUCUUCGAGAGUAAAGUCUGCUGAGUUUUGGACUAAACGUGUAUUCUAGAGUUUAGAAAGAAAAAAUAAAUGCCUCAUAUCCGUUCAACCGAGAUUACACCACCCGAAAAUAAUUCUUACCCUUAAAAUAAUUAUAAGAACAUAAAUAUUGCGUAUAAAUUUCAUACUAAAAAAUAUUUCGUAUAUAAAAUAUGCAUAACCACAUAUUAUGCUGUCAAAAAUUCCAACAAUUGACAAUUUGAUGACCGAUAUCAGCUUCGUUGAAAAUUUAGGCGAAAUGUUCUUUCUUUUUUUGUCAACGUCAGUUUAUUGGUCUUUUGAUACUUCGCGAUGUGUCUAAUAACCAAUAAAACAUUUUAUCCUUUGGGAUGAAUUUUUUUUGUACAUCGAUUUAUUUGAGGCACAAUUUUUUCCUCAAGAAUAUAUUUUAAAAACCGUUGAUAGUCUUUGAUACGGCAAAUCAUGAUCAAAUGCCAGGCGAAAAGAUCUUCGGAUAACGUUUCUGCCCGCUCCCUAUUUCUCGUAUUCUUUUUUCUGCUACAGGCAAGUGCGUCGAUUCAUAUUUAUUUACCGAAAUAAGACUAAUUUCAAUUAUCAAAUUGAAUUUCGAUUCGCAGAUCGUCGUCGCGGACGUCGAAGCGGAGACUUUGCAGUACAUUGCUACGCGUCUCCUUCCCAAUGAAUGCCAGAGCAUAAUUAACCACGAAGGUCAGCGUAAAGACUUCGAUGAAAAUAAUUCUCACUAAGAGCAGAUAUCCAUUUUUCGAAACAGGAAGAUCCCACGAAUAUCCCUCCAAUGGAAUUGAUUGCUUCCGGAAGCUUGUGGGCUGGGCGACAAACCUUCGCUUUAAUCGGAGGGACAUACGUUUGGCCCUGGGAAAUCGACUUCGCCAAAUCGGCAGAAAUGACCUGGCCGAAUUACUGGCUCCGUCGAUUUUCAAGAAACGAUCGGGCGCUGCGGAAACGAUCGAAUACGAGUAAAGACGUGAUUUUUACAACGGAAAUAACAUAAGAUAUUCUUAGACCAAUUAGUCCAUUCGAUCAUCUCCUAGUUCUUGGGGUGGUAAAAAGGAGGGAGUCAGACAAUCGAUGUCGUCUUCGUCGCCUGCUCAAAUGGACAGAAUAUUCGGGCCUACCCAGAUGAAAUAUUUUCCCGCAGGCUUCUCGCCGGAAUUUCAUCGUCAGCUGCUUCCGAACCCGAUUCCAGAUAUUCGUAGACUGAAUGGGAUUCACGGUCUCGAUUCGUUCAAAGAUCGACCUUUGGUCUUGGCGAAUCCGGAACCUCCGAUACCCGGAGGUCCGGCAGCGCCCGUAAAUCCUCCCGGACAUCCCGCUCCACCUGUCCAGGGAGGGGUACCCACAGCAACGAAUAUCGCAGCGGGUUCCAACGUUAAAAAUCACACGGCCUCCGCGCCUCCGGAAACCAAGAACCGCACUAAACCGGAAUUCCCAAAGAUUUUAUCCCACUUUUCCGCUGACGAAAAAAAUUCCACGUGUUUGAGAGUCCCGUUGAGCACCGCUUUGGCGGUAAUCGGAACGAUCAUGACUUUGACGUGUUGCUGCGCUCUUUUAUUGCGGAACAGAUUCGCGGCUUGUCUCGGCAGACUCAGAGGGAAAAAGCCUUCUAAGAAGAGCAAUAAUAAGCGUCUGUCAGUCGAUGAGGAGCAAGGCUUCAUGCCGCCAAGGACGUUCGCUAAGCCACCGAAGAAGAGUGGACGAAGAGGAGGUGGCCCAGUCGACGUUGCGAACAUUGGAACCCAAAAUAGUAUGUCUGCGACAAAUGGAUCCAAAGAAUCGGACGAAGUGCCAACGGGUUGCAGCAAUUGUUGUUCACGGAAGAAGAAAAAGAAUAAGAGAAAGCGCAAAAAGUGAUCUCCUAUUAUAGUAUUGCUCUGUGCAGGAUAUCGAAUAGGAGAAAUAGGUACCGUGUUGAGGAUGUACAUCCACCUUGUACAUUACGUCUGUACCGCAUGAAGUAAUCGAUUGAACAGUUGCUAAAAACAAAUAUGCGUAAUUUUCAUUUAUCUCUUCGACCGUCUGCGAGCUGUCUGUUAAAAAUGGCGAUCACGGAAGUUUCAGUUGAUCAAACAUUAAUACCGUACAAUUGGCACCGCGAAAAGAGAAUCUUGAAUUUCGAGAUUUCUACCUGAAACCGCAUUACCUCUGCCAGUGAACAUUGGAUACCGGAAGAACCGCAUCAUGCCAAAAUUGAACAAAUGGCUGGUGACAUCCGUCAUUCAGGAUAUCAAAGAACUGAUAACAGUAGCGAACGAUAUGUCCUCCUGGAUCGGUAAGAUCGAUCAUUUAUCCUGGAGGUUUCCGACUAAAUCUGCUAGAAACGUAAACGCAAUGGCAAUUGUGCAUCAGCACAGAGGUACCGCUGGCGAAAUGUACAUUCUGCUCCUAGAAAUAGCGUACGAUAGGUUUGCAAAGUAUUUUAAAUCUUUUUUCGCUUCAAUACUUUCCAUCUUUUUCCACAUAAACAUUUUAUUGAAGGUUCCAUUUCGUCCUGCGCCUCGUUUUAGAGUUCAUAGACGGUUAUCCCUUCGUCGAAGAAUACUUUGACGGAGCUGCGAAAUCCAAAAGACCUCAGAGUAUGAGUCUCGCGAGCGUGAUUCGAACUCUCUGGGAAAAAUUGAAGUUCAUUUCUGAAACGUUAACCCGGAAUAUGGUGCGAGAAUAUUUCAUCGUUAAGUUUUAUCUGGAUUGUAAGUCGUAGUUUUUGCAGAUACAAACAAAGCAUCUCGAAGAUGCUGCGCUAUCGGGGAAAAAAUCCAGCGGCUGUCAAAUUUCCGGCUCUCUUUCUCAUUGCGAGAGUUGUACCAUGGCUUGUGAGGCGAUUACUGACUUGAUGGAAAUCGUCAGUAGCGCACUAAAAGACAGUAAUUUGUCGUCAGUAAUAGCAGAGAAACGGUGGGGGUUGUUUCGACUGAUGCUUAUAAUCAAAAUUUUAGCAUGAUAAAAGACCACGAUUUUUAGAAACCUUAUUCAGAGCGAAUUAUUCGAGAAAACGCAAUGGGCGAUCGUGAGGAAAUUUGUCGAAGCAAUAGGUACGGAUGUGAAAACAU